AUGUCUAAUAGGUGGAUAAUUAUUACGAAUAAUCGAUUGAUGGAAAUUUGGAAAAAGAAAAUGAAAAGAAAAAAGGUAAUGCCAAAAGUAAGCGUUACUUCAGUGAAUGGAACAGUGGUUGAGCAGCUUCAAGUUAUGAGAAAUUUCAAAAAGUUAUUGUGUAAUCACAAUGAGUAUUCAAGUGAUGCUUCAAAUACAGCUAUCAUUACGACCACGAUUAAACAGCCAUUGCUACAAUCACAUUAUUACACGUGGACAAAAAUUAUCAAUACAGAUAAUUUGUCACUCCCAUUUGGACGAAUAUUUAUACAGACAAUAUUGGAACAAUCCCUAACAAAAGAAGUAGCUGGUCGUUUGUGUCAAAGUCUUUUCCACGCAAUUUAUCUGAAUACGCAAGAAAUCAGUCAUAUCAACAUGCAUUUCAUUUAUUUUGUCGUCGUCAUCUUCGUCCAACUGAGAAGCGCAAACGGAACAAACAAAGCUUUGGAUUUAUCAGUGCAGGGAUUGAAUGACGAACAAAUGGGAAAUUUGUUGUUAUUAGCCGAAGUGGCCAAUAAAAUGCCGAAAGCCAAAAUAGUCGCUAAAAAUACAAAUGAAUUUAACGGUCAAAAUUUGACAGUCAAGAUGAAAUUAACAGUCAAAGAAGAGAACGUUAAACAAAAAAGUACGGAAAGACUCGCAGGGAGGAAAUCGGAAAAAAGAAACUGCAGUGUGGAGUAUGUGGACAGAUCACGAUAA